ACAGAUGCGCAGGCUCGCAUACAAGAGGAACUUGAUAACAUCGUGGGGCAUACUGCCGACAUUUGAUGAUCAGGAAAUGCUGCCGCAGGUUACCGCGUUCAUGCUCGGGAGUCUCAGGUGGAGACCUGUCAAUCUUGGAGGUAUGUCUUAUUUGAGUUGUCAUGACGCAAUAAUGAAUGACCCAUCUUUCACUACAGGCUUUGCGCACCGC